AUGAGCCCGGAAAGAUUCGACCCAAAUACAUACGGCGGCAAUUACAACAGGUACGCAGGUGAUAUAUGGAACUUAGGAUUGACUCUACUGGAACUGUUCAUGGGUCAUUUUCCAUACUUGCCGGAGGGGCAAAGACUUGACUGGGCUACACUUAUGUGUGCCAUAUGCUUCGACGAGCCACCGAGCUUGCCAGAAGUGCAUCAGAAGAUUUCAAGAAUUUCAUUCAAUGUUGUUUGCAUAAGGAUUCCAGUAAAUGAUGGAGUGCAACCCAGAGAUUUGAAGCCGUCAAAUAUAUUAGUAAACAGUAAAAUUGAAGUAAAAAUUUCUAAUUUUGGAGUCAGUAAAAUCAUGCACUUGACAUUAGAUCCCUACAAUUCCUACGUUGGAACCUGCGCUUGUAUGAGCCCGGAAAGAUUCGACCCAAAUACAUACGGCGGCAAUUACAACAGGUACGCAGGUGAUAUAUGGAACUUAGGAUUGACUCUACUGGAACUGUUCAUGGGUCAUUUUCCAUACUUGCCGGAGGGGCAAAGACUUGACUGGGCUACACUUAUGUGUGCCAUAUGCUUCGACGAGCCACCGAGCUUGCCAGAAGUGCAUCAGAAGAUUUCAAGAAUUUCAUUCAAUGUUGUUUGCAGAAGGAUUCCAGUAAAUUAUGGAGUGCAACCCAGGUGUAAUCACAUUCUUUUGUGA